AUCUCUUUAAAAGUCCUCUAGUAAUCAUCCUUUAUCAUACAUUUUAAUCAAAACAUUCCCAAUUCCCAACUGCAAGCUCAGUUUUAAUAUUUGAUUCACAUUUUUUACACAAAUGAAGAAGCUACCGAAGAUGAUUUCCGAGAAGUCGGUAGUGAUCUUUAGCAAGAACUCGUGCUGCAUGUCUCACACAAUCAAGACUCUCUUCUUAGAUUUUGGCGUGAGCCCGACGAUCUAUGAGCUAGAUGAGAUCAACAGAGGAAAGGAGAUAGAACAACCACUGGCUCAGCUGGACUGCAGCCCCACCGUUCCGGUGGUGUUCAUAGGAGAUCAGCUCGUCGGUGGAGCCAAUAAAGUCAUGAGUCUUCAUCUCAAUCGCUCUCUCGUUCCGAUGCUUAAACGCGUUGGGGCGUUGUGGCUUUGAUUAAAUAAAUCUUACAUAUAAGGAGGCACUUUUGCCUCUCCUAAAGCUAUCCACGUAUGCAUUUCAUAAAGGAUAUGGGGUCCACUUAAUGUCCGGUUUACUUUAUCCGACUGACUUAUGGGUUUGCUUCCAUGUCGACGUCUCCGUUUCUUUCGUCUCAAAUCUAUAAAUAGGAGCAGGUUGAGACUACAAUGGAUUUCCAGCACCACUGUCAGUUUAUCAUUUUAUUAAACGUAGAAAGAUUCUCAAAAAUGUUCCCUCUGAUGCUGUUGUUUCGCACUCCGCGUUUGACAAUAUCCGCCUCGGAAGAUCUGGCCAGUUCAUUAUUGCAUGUCUGUUACAUUUUUGGGACUCGAAAAACAUCAAGAAACAUGGUGAAUUCAUAGGAAUCAUUGUACUCCUCCUUAAGAAUUCGGUGAUACAUUGAUCCAUCCCUGCUGGUCGCGCCAGAAAAUGUACAAAUAUGUACAAGAUUAAGGACCACCCUUUCAUUAUCCGGUUCAUCCCAAACAACCAUUGAUGAAGUCAUCGAUGAUUUGCAAGCUCUCGCAAAGUUUGUUUCGUAUACGAUUGGUAGUUUAUUGUAUAUGUAAUUAUAUGUUGUUGAUGCAGAGUUCGUGAAUUAAAUCUGUUCAUCGCAUUGCAGAUGUUGUUGGGCAAGUUCAGUCUGUCCAAGGUUCAGACCUUAAGGACGCUGCGUGAUGACUCGAGUUGUGGUCCGUUUCGUUGUUGAACCAGUGAUGCAUAUCAAGCUACUGGUUGCUACAAUUUUCUUUGCUCUGAUUUUAUUCAAAUCAACAGCAACAUAGCAAUGGAAGCAAGUAUCUCUCCUGUCUCUGGAUAUUGUAACUUGCAGUAUGACAUCAGCAUUCUGAUCUGGAAGGAUCCAAAAGAGCACUGAUGGAUGCAAUUUAGAAACGGCUAUGUUAUAGGAUACUUGCCAUCUUUUCUCUUCUCCUACUUAACAGAAAGUGCGUCAAUGAUUGAAUGAGGAAGAGAAGUGGGGAAUUCACAAGCGGAUGGGCACCACACUUCAACGCAAAUGGGCAGUGGUAGAUUCCCAGAAGAAGGUUUUAGCAAAGCAAGUUACUUCAGGAACUGAGAGUAGAUGGAAGCGUGUUGUGUUACUUGUGUUUAUAUAUAUGUUCGGUCAAACGGUUUUGGUAAAGGGAGAUAUGAAAAAGGAAUUAAUUGAUAUUGUUUGCAGAUAAUUCAUGUUGUUGUCUUUGUAUGUGGAUCCGUUUCUC